CCGACGACGCCUCGACUCCCUCACCCCCUCUAACCCGACGUCCCCUCGACUCUCGCUCCCCCUCCCGCCCAACCUGGCAUUCCCUCAUCUGCCGCUCCCCACUUCCCCACCCCCCAACCCAACGUCCCCUUAUUCUCUCUCUUCCCCUCUCCUCCCUCCCAGAUCUAUCUCUUCGUCUUCGUCUCCUUGUCGCAAUUGUAGUGCUUAAGCUCUAAUCGAUCGCAAUGGCGACGACGGAGGCGAAGCUGAAGAGCCACGCGGGGGUUUGGAGCACCGUGAAGCCCUUCGUCAAUGGCGGGGCCUCGGGGAUGCUCGCCACAUGCGUGAUCCAGCCCAUAGAUAUGAUCAAGACGAGAUCUCUUUCUCCCCUUUUUAAUAGUGGAUUUUUUUUCUUUUUUUUCUUUGUGAUUUGUUUGGUGGGAAAUGGAUCCGAUUAAUUGUUGAUCGCGCUUGGUUUUUCUCUCCAUUAUUUGCGGUUUUGAUGCGAGAUCUGAUGAAUUUGGGGCGUUCUUUGUAGGUGAGGAUCCAACUGGGGCAGGGAUCGGCGCUUCACAUGACGAAGACGAUGCUCGCGCAGGAAGGAUUCGGAUCCUUUUAUAAGUAUCAGUGGAACUCUGAUCUGCCACCAUGAAUAUAAGAAUUUAACUGCAUAUCAUGAUCAAUCAUGAAAAAUCCCUUCUGUUAUGCCGACGCGCGCCCCUUUGACCCCUACAACGUCUACACCAGCCCCACCGCCGCCAUUCUCUGCCCCAACCCCUUCCAAAGCAUGUACGUGCAGAUGCUCUGCGGCCUCCUCCUAUCCGACGACGUCCUCUACAUCGGCGCCCUCUUUGCCUCCGGCCUCCUCCGCGCCCUCCGCUUCCUCCGCCUCCACUGGCCCCAGCUCUGUCACGACUUAUCCACCAGAACCCUGAACCAAGCCGUCGUCACCGACCCCUCCGUCCGCGAGGCCGUCGGAGAGCUCCAGAUAAAAGGCACAGCAAAGCAACAACAAGAUUGAAAAUUUCUUUUAUCGUUACUUUUCAUUUUUUUUAAUUAAUUAGUUUUGUUGUAUGAGGCAAUUUAGCAGAGUUAGGGCUAAUUUGGUAAUGAAUUGUGUGAUGUGCCAAUAAUGUGCUUUUGCCUAUGUAAAGAUGAACAACAAUUAAUAUUUGAUCAAAUACUACAUGUGAUGUAUUCAUAUAUC